UAGCGUAGAACACAGCAUCUCCGGUAGCGUCACCGUAGGCCUCGCAAGUAAACUGACAUGCCUUCUCCGCUUUCCCCUCCGUCUCCGUCGGGAGUCGAGACAAAGGGUGCCAGAGUUAGUCCCGGCGCCGUGUCGCGAGCGGAAGGAGAAGGACUGAAGGAGGCGACGUUGCAGGUGAAGCAGAAGGUCUACGAGUUCUACAAAGGCACGGUGGAGCGGGUCACGGCCCCGUGCACCGUCUCCGCGUUCCUCGAGAAGGGCGUCCUCUCCGUCCCCGAGUUCAUUCUCGCCGGCGACAACCUCGUCGCCAAGUGCCCCACCUGGUCCUGGGAAGCGGGCGAUCCAAGCAAGAGGAAGCCGUAUCUCCCCGCCAAUAAGCAGUUCCUCGUCACCCGUAAUGUGCCCUGUUUAAGACGUGCCAUCUCGGUUGAGGAAGAGUAUGAUGCAGCAGGAGCAGAGGUGGUUCUCGAUGAGGAUGGCGAAGGCUGGCUUGCAACACAUGGAGUGCAAGCAUCAAAGCCAGAAGAGGAGGAAGACAUUCCCUCUAUGGACACCUUGGACAUAGGGAGAUCUGAUGGAAUAAAGUCUAUCCCCUCUUACUUUAGCGGUGGCAAGGAUGAAGAGGAGGAAGAUAUACCUGACAUGGAUACUUAUGAAGACACAAGGGAUAUUUGGCUGCUGCUGAACCAUCAUACUUUAUCGCAGAAGAACCAGAAGAUGACAACAUUCUUCAUACCAGAACAUAUGAUGUCCCUGUCGCUGUGCUUGGUGGAGCUUAUGAGGCGCGACGACGUCGGCGCUGCUGCGGCUAACAGGAACAGGAAUGGCAGCGUGAUGAGGGUGAAGGAGAAAUGCAGCGAGGAGGAGGGCGACUCAGUGUGCUCCGUCUGCAUCGACGGCGGAGAGAUGCUGCUCUGCGACAAGUGCCCGUCGGCGUUCCACCACGCCUGCGUUGGGCUGCAGGCCACUCCGGAGGGCGACUGGUGCUGCCCGUUGUGCAGAUGCGGCGUGUGCGGCGGCAGCGACUUGGAUGAUGAUACCGCUGAGGGGUUCACAGACAAGACAAUCAUCUACUGCGAGCAAUGCGAGCGAGAAUUUAGUUGCAGUCUGUUUCAGACUUUUAAGGUUCAGUUAGCCGCAGUCUAUUUGAAAUUUUCAUAG